GGCCCCAGCUCCUGGAUGUAACCCGAGCCCGCGGGCUGAUGCUCGGCCUCGUUACGCCUUACCCCACGGGCCCGGGCUGGCGGGCUCCACGCGUGGUGUUUGAAUCUGGAACCUAGUUUAGGGACAAUAAAAUUAGCCUCUCUUUAUCCCGAGGAGGACACUAGGGCUUGUUUAGUGACUUGCGCGGGAACAUUGGCAGAGUUGGGUUCGGAGCCCGGGAGUUCGGAGACAUGGAUCUGCAAAGCUCUACACAAGAUCCCGAGACAAUAGAAGACAAUUCUCCUGUCUAUGUUGGCAGAGAAGAAGACAUUAAAAAAUCUCAAAGAAUGACAGCUGUAGUCCAUGACAGAGAAGUUGUCAUUUUCUAUCACAAAGGAGAAUAUCAUGCUAUGGACAUUCGCUGUUACCAUUCAGGAGGACCUUUACAUUUGGGAGAAAUAGAGGAUUUUGAUGGACGGACAUGUAUUGUUUGCCCCUGGCAUAAAUACAAAAUUACUUUAUCAACAGGAGAAGGACUGUAUCAAUCUAUAAACCCGAAAGAUCCAUCAGCAGUACCCAAAUGGUGUUCCAAAGGAGUAAAGCAAAGGAUCCAUUCUGUGACUGUGAAAAAUGGACACAUUUAUGUGACUCUUUCUAAGGCUUCAGAUUUUAAGUGUGAUUCUGAUUACUAUGCCACUGGACAGUUUAAAGUAAUUCAAAGACCUUCUACUCUGAAGAAAGUUCCUGAUUUUAAAAAUAUAUGACAAUAGUGGAAAAACGUGUUCAUAUGUGUGGAAAGUAUUUUUAGAAAAUUCUAUACAAAAGACAAUAAAUAGACAGUAAUUAACCUGGUAUAAAUGUAUCAUUUGAAAAAACAACAAAAUGGUAAGUCAGAGGAGCAUAAACAGGAAUGUAAUAUGAAACAAAACCUAUGAUACAUUUUCCAUAUCAGAAUAUUCAUUGACAUAACCUUGCCUAAAAAACAACAAGACAUAUCUCAGGAAACUGGAAAUAAAGUAGAUGCCUUUUAACUUCAAC